AUGGAGUUUGCCAUGGUAGGUGCAGAAAGUGGUGGGUGCAACAGCCACCUGCCUUAUGGAUACGCCCAGGCGCGCGCAAGGGAGCGCGAGCGCGAGCGGGAGAGGCAGGCGCACUCGAGAGCGGCGGCGGCGGCGGCUGCCGAAGCGGGGUCGGUCGGAGAGGGAGGAGUGUCCUCCGGCAAUCACCACAACAACCACAACCACCAACAGCAUCAGUCUCGCGCCGCCUCCUCAUCCCAUGCCAGCAACAGUAGCGGCGGGACCGCCUCGCGCCCCUCCUCCUCGCAACAGCCGCCGCAGCACAACCAGGAACCACAACAGCACACUCUUAAGGGACGGAAACGGCAACGGGGUGCCGACCACCGCAGGAGGACCCGUUCAAUCCUCGGUGGAGACUUGCGCCACUCGGAGUUGGCGCUACUUGGAUCCGAGGAGGACAUUAUGAUAGAGGAGGAGGAGGCGGAAGGCGAAGAAGAAGACGAAGACGGGGGAGGAGGGGGCGGCGAAGAGGCCAGAGGAAAGAGAGAGAAAAGUUUUCUCUUUAACAUGGAUGAUGAAGAGGAGACAGUCUCGAUUACCGAUAGACACCCCCAGUCAGGCUACGAAAAUGUUUACAAUGAGUACGGAUGUUGCGAGAGAGUUGUGAUAAACGUAUCUGGUCUUAAGUUUGAGACACAACUAAAGACUCUCACUCAGUUUCCCGAUACUCUCUUGGGUGACCCCGAAAAACGAAUCAGGUACUUUGAUCCUCUGAGGAACGAGUACUUUUUUGACAGAAAUCGACCAAGCUUCGACGCCAUUCUUUAUUAUUAUCAAUCGGGUGGGAGGUUAAAGAGACCUGUCAACGUACCCUUUGAUAUUUUUUCAGAGGAGGUUAAGUUUUAUGAACUUGGAGAGGAUGCAAUGCUCAAGUUUCGGGAAGACGAGGGCUUCGUGAAGGAGGAAGAAAAACCCUUACCAGAAGAUGAGUUCAAACGUCAGGUUUGGCUACUGUUUGAAUAUCCCGAAAGUUCCACCCCUGCCAGAGGAAUUGCUGUCGUGUCUGUUUUGGUCAUCGUUAUAUCCAUAGUCAUUUUCUGUUUAGAAACUUUGCCGGAGUUCAGGGACGACAAAGAUUUCCUCGGCGCAGGUAACAAUUCUGCAUACUCAGACAAUGGAUUUACACCUUUUAACGACCCGUUUUUCAUUGUUGAGACUGUGUGCAUUAUUUGGUUCUCUUUUGAAAUAAUUGUCCGCUUCUUUGCAAGCCCUAGCAAAGCUGCUUUCUUUAAAAACAUUAUGAAUUCUAUAGACAUUGUAUCCAUCUUGCCUUAUUUCAUUACUCUUGGCACAGAUCUUGCCCAACAGCAAGGCAACGGGCAACAGGCGAUGACCUUCGCUAUUCUCAGAAUAAUCCGCCUUGUCAGAGUCUUUCGCAUCUUCAAGCUCUCCAGGCACUCCAAGGGCUUGCAGAUCCUGGGGCACACUCUGCGGGCCAGCAUGCGGGAACUGGCCCUGCUGAUCUUCUUCCUUGUCAUUGGCGUUAUUUUGUUCUCCAGUGCGGUGUAUUUUGCUGAAGCAGAUGAGCCGACGUCUCAGUUCACAAGCAUCCCUGACGCUUUCUGGUGGGCAGUUGUUACCAUGACCACAGUCGGAUAUGGGGACAUGAAACCAAUCACUGUUGGUGGUAAAAUAGUGGGUUCACUAUGUGCCAUAGCCGGUGUGCUGACCAUUGCUCUACCAGUCCCGGUCAUUGUGUCCAACUUCAACUAUUUUUAUCAUAGAGAGACCGACAACGAAGACCAAACACCAGUUGUGCAGAACACACCUCCCUGCCCCUACUUCCCCACAAACUUUCUUAAGAAAUUUAGGGGCUCCCCUUCGGCGUCCUCGAUCGGAGACAAAGCUGAGUAUAUGGAAAUGGAAGAGGGCGUGACCGAGUCGCUGUGCGGAGUGGAGAAGCAAAGCCCGAGCAAAGGAAACGGUACAGAAGUAGUUAGAAAAAAUAGCUCCAAUCCCAAAUCGCUUCAAACAGACGUGUGAAAACAAACAAAAAAUAAAACCAAAACACGUAUCUUUGUUUGUAGUUAGCCACAUGUUAUGAACUAAGGUCUGGCGUGUAACCGACUCGACGGAAAAAUUCUAAGAUAUGUUGCUUAAUAGUGGGAAACAUGCAUGAUAGCCUAUUCUUAACACGCGCCUGGUGGUUUUAAAAUAUCACUGUUGACCUUCAACAUGUAACGUUAAAGCUAUCCGUAUCGACUAGGAGACAUGCACCUUUGAUUUGAUCUUUAUAGAGGGAUGAAAUAAAAACAAAUGAAGCGGACAUCAAGAGCUUUACCAUAUAUUCAAAUGAAGAUAUUUACAUGCAUUUGAAACGGGCUAUAGCCUAGUGAACUGAAAUUAUUAUUUUACGAAACUACGGAUAUGACAGGCUGCAAAGGCACUUUAUACGUUUCUUUACGUUACUUUAAUAUAUGAAUGGAAGGAAGAACUCAUCUCGUCGUUUUGCUGUUAUGCAAUAAAGUAACUCUUUUGCACUACUGUACAAUGAAUAGUUGUAAAUUUAUCAACUAUAAUGAAUCACCUGGAAAAGGCCCUAAUCGACAUUUUGUGGUCAGCUAACAUCCACGUCUCAUGAAAGACAUAACGUACUGUAUUAUGAUUAUAAUAUGUUCAUUAUCCAAGCAGACAGUAAGCUCCGCAAAGUAGCUAUGUUUCGAGUAUAAAAAAUAUAAAAUUGUUUUGAAGUACCCGAAAAACAUCACCUUAACAGCAUCACCGUUAUCCUGAGCAGAAAAAAUAUAUGAAAAAGUACUUUUGACAGAUAACAAAUGGAGUUUCACUGAAGGUUACUGACUAACGAACUGUUAACGAGCAUAUAGUCCAUAAGUUGAAUAAUGAAUGCCCAAUGUCUAUUAAAGGUUUCUAGCGCCCAUAAAAUGUGUGCUAUUUUCCAAACGAAAACUCACGUCAUUUCCAAUAUUGGUAGCCCAAUCGUGUCUUUAAUUUAAGACAGUUUUUACUUUGUUUUAAAGGCCGUCCGAUGCACACAUAGUUGUUUUGUGUAGUCUACAUGUACCUGGAGCGAUGCACAGAAAAUUCUUAACUUGACAGGCGAUAUAGUGUGGAGCUCUUUUUUCAACUACUACGAGAGGAAGAUCAGCAUCUAAAGGCUGCUACGGCGGAGUGUUUUGCCCUUUAAAUAGCCUCACAUAAGAGAAUGCUAUAGAUCCCUUUACGUCAUAAAGGACAGAAUUCCGAAGAAAGUUUACUGAAACCUUGAAUAUAUGGACUUAUUAUUUUUCUUUUGGUCAAUGGACAUGCAAAACAACACCAUCGAUGAAAGAACUUUUGGUCUUCCUGGAGAACAUGCACAAUGCCUGAACUGAGGGGCUGUGCACAAAGUACUGUUAAGCACCCAGAAGAUGAUCCCACCCGGAACACGCAUCACCCCUGACGCAAGUAUUUACACUGUCGUGGAAAUGCGCUGCCUGACAGCAAGGAUACACGCUGCGUGUGUGAGAAAGCGCUCCCUGACCAAGCAAAGACUGACGCUGUCAUCACGGUUACCUGACAGAGUGGGGGCUGAGGCUGCAGUACGAUACUGUGUUGGACAAAGACAUAGGAAGGUGUGCAAGUCACAACUCAGCUGAUUGCCUUAAUAAAUAGUACAUAUAUAUAUAUGAGGUGACAGAACUAGAGACCUAUUGAAGGUAACCUUCUUUUCCUUUUUUAAUUGUGAAGCAGUGUCUCACAAGAAAAAGAUGUGAAUAUUUUAUUAUAAUGGGGGAAAUUGUCAGGUUGUGACUGUGUUUGUUUUUCAUUUUAUCCGCUUUAUUGUUGCAACCAAUAACCAAACAAAGAAUAACUGUUAGUCUUGCCAGUGAUGUCAUUUGAACAAUUUUUUAUCUUUUUUUAACCAAAUACCACUGGCAAGUGCAGUACAAGCAGAGCUUUCUUUCACGUCCCUAUUGAAUCAACCGUCCUGCGAUGAUUGUUUGGGGAUACAUAGCCAUUACUUUUGUUUAUUUAAUUCAGACUUAUGCUCUUAUCAUGUCUGGUGUAGAAAGACACUGGUAUGUGUGUGGUUGUGUGUGUGUGUUUGUCUGUGUGCAUGUCCUGAUAUAUAUUUAAAUGGAAAAAUGGGAUUUGUAACAAAACAUAGGAACAGCAUGAACAGGCCAAAUGAGCAUACCCAUACCUUCUAAUUUACUAAAACACACACACAUAGAAAUCAGAAAUCCGUUUUAUUUGGCAUGCGGUUGUCUUUUGCUUAACCUCAGAAACAUUAUGAAAGCCCAGGACUGAAACAGUAGCUGAAGGAUGUUUAUGUGAUUCUGAUACAAACAAACCCAGUUGCAAUAGCUUUGUCUACAUGAGUGUGUAAGCUAAAGAAAUGUAAUAUGUGUGGUUUUUUGUCAUACUUGAUGAAAGUUGUAUUGUCUGACAGUAUUCUGCAGGUGUAGUGAAAAUAGAUAUGGGUAGAAUAUACAUAAAAACUGAAAUAAUUGUGUGUCCUACAAUAUAUAACAUCAUAAUUGCUUACAAAAUGAUAUUCUACUCAAUAUUAAACUAUGACUGUUAGCUUUUUCCAUAAAGGGAAAGACUUUACAACUAUAUUUAAACUCGAGUUGAAUUUGCAGUAAUAAUUAUUGAGGUUGCGGUAUUUUCAAAUGGCAUUCAACGGUAUUGUCUUCUGCACGCAUGCUUCCUGGUUCAGCAGUGUACUGUGGACCUGAUCCUGCACCCUCAGACUGCUCGCAUAAGAUAACAUUAAGACCCCAUAACUUUCAUUUGCUCUGGAAAGAUGAAGACUUUCACUGAAUCAGCCCAAAGAAAUUGUGUUUGUUCCCCUAAAAUAUCAUGUGCAACUGCAUGGUCAACCAUCCAAGUCAAUAGCCAAGCAUUUUACGAGUAAAAUAUGUCUGCACCUAUGUGCAUGCCACAAUAUCUGUAAACAAAGCCAUUGCAUACUGGAAAUCAUAUAUUGUGUAUCAUUUUUAGAGUUAUCUGAAGUUCAUUAGCUUAGGAAUUUAUCACCAUGACAAUGUGUUGUCCCCCUAAAUGUAAAAAAUUAGGUACAUGUGAUUUUAUGUCAACUACCUGGCCACUUUGUGAUUAGUUACUGAAAAUGUCUUAUUUUUUUAUAUUUUAGGUUGUAAAAAAACAGAAAUAACUAUUUUUGGAUAGUGCUAUUAUAUGACAAAAAAGUAUAUUUGCCCAUCUGUUAGUGCAUCUGGAAAUGUCUUGGUGCACCCAAGAGAGUUACUUUAUUAGUACUAAAUGAAUAUAAUUUUCACCUCCAUGAAAUUGCAAUUGAAAUGCUGCUUUAUUUUUGUAUUAUUUUAUGAAAUAUAAUUUCCCAAAUGCAAGAUCAUAAUUUCAUGAAAAAUGUUGGAAAUAUUGUUAAAAAAAAAGUGAAAAAAACUGGUAUUCAACGGAAAUAUGGUUGAAUUGCUGCUAAAGGAAAUAUGGUUUGAUUACUGCUAACCAAAGGCCAUAACAAAGAACAAUAUUUUCACCUUUAGGAAAAAAAAAAAGAGAGAAAAAAAACAGCAGCUGGCCAUUUUCCAGACUACAGUGAGCCAGAUUCAAUCUCUUUAGCUGUUGGAUGUUUCAUGUUGUCUGAAACCCAAUCUAUUAAAACAACAUGGUGAAAAAGACACUUCUCAGUCACCAAGAUCGUUUUACAUCCUCCAUGAUAUCAUACCUCUGUGAAUUUUGCAAUAAAAGCAAAUGUUAAUGACCUAGUAUUGUCAAUGUUUAAACUCAUGUUGUGUCAUUGACCUCGUAUGGUAUAGUAGUUCUCAUCGAUUCUGGUGGAUAGUUUAUGGGAAGGUGAUGUAUACUCCAAACUUAUCUAUUAUCUAAAAACAACAAAAAUGCUAGGAAUCCUAAAGUAUAUAGUUUUGUAUGGAAAGACCAUGUAUAAUAUUGCUAUCUAAUUCUUCCUGGUGAUCCUGAAUUCAUAUGAACUGCAUAUGAAUGUUAUUGCUCUUUGCAUGAUGCUCUGUUUCCCAUGUUUGCGUCCUUAUUUUAAAUGUUUUCUUGUUAUUUAUUUAGGUGCUACCUUGGUAUUUUUGGGACCCUCAUUUCCUUAAUUUGACUUUUUUUUGUAAAACCAUCAUCUAAAUUUUGGAUUUUCUACAUUCAUAUAAUUUUGUAGGCAGCAAUAUGAGGUGAUGGAAUACUGAAUUAUGUGCAAUGUUCAAUUUAAAACAUAAAUAUAUUAAAUAAAAACAAAGAAAUGCAAA